AUGGCUUUGAUUCCCGACGGCGAGGACUCGAUUGGUGUCGUGAAUGGCGUGAAAGACGUGGAGUUGUGUUCAGUGGCGGCGAGUCUGGUGUCGGCGCCGAAGGAGUCGUGGCUCCUUCGGCUCUUCGAGGCCCAGCUCUUCGAUAUGUCGAUUGCCAUCACUUAUCUGUUUAAGUCGAAGGAGUCGGGAGUGUUGUCCUACUUAGGGAACCGUAUGUUCACAUUCAGUGCUCCGGAAGUGGACUUCUAUUUACCACAACUGAUCACUCUAUACAUCCAUCACAACGACAUCGCGGAAUCGCUUCACCCAUAUUUGGUGAGUCGGUGCCGAAGUAGCGCUCAUUUGUCGCUGCAAUUGGUUUGGCUGUUGAACGCCUUCUGCAACGACACGGUCUACUCGUCGGCCGCUAUUCCCAAGCCAUCCAACUCUCGCCGCAAAUCAUUGGGUCUUAAGUUAAGGAAUUUGAUUCUCUCGGAAGAGUUGCGUCCAAAACAACAACGACUUCUGCAGCAAACGCUGACACAGAGCCCAACGCCCGCCACAGCCCCUCACGAGUGCACUCAUAGUCGACAUAAUAAUAACGCUUUGAAUACAAAGUUUUCUAAUCAUAUGAAUAAUAACGAGAACUUAUCGCUGAAUCCAAUGAACCCAAUGAACGGUCGCCAAGAAAACAGUUCGUGUAGUGAACACUCAAUUCACGCCAAACUGCACAACAAAACCCAUCAGCGCUCGUACAGUGACUUCAGUUGCAACCAAUCGCUGUCCUUAAAGUCCGGUGCUCUGAGACCACCACCCGGUCUGCUGCAGAGCAAAGGCAGAGUAACAUUGGGUGACCUGACGUCCGGACGCGCCUUCGACAACGGAUGCGUUUGUUUCAACACUUGUCUCUGCAAUGAACUCCUCGGCCAAAGAGCUCAGUGUCAUUGCGGGGCUCCGCGACUGACCGCUGAGUACGAGUUCAUUAAGUGUCUCAUUAAUAUCGGUCUUCGGCUGCAAGCGGUUCCCACAAAGGAAGUGAAAUCUCAACGACUGAUCGCAGAGUUGUUGCAACUGAACAUCAAUCUACCGGCGCGGGUAUGGCUCCCAAUCUAUGACGUGCCGCAUAUGAUAGUGAGAGUCCCGCCACAGGCGGCUGUUCUGCUCAACUCUAAAGACAAGGCGCCGUAUCUGAUAUGCGUCGAAGUGGUCGAAGUGGACGACAUAAACGCCACUCCAAUCCCACGCAAAGAGAAUAACAUGACUUUAAGGCAAACCAAAUCUGAGGAGAAUUUAGUAGAAUUCGGACAAAACCCCAACAAUAAGCUGAACGGCAACGCAAACCCCACAAUCACUCGCAUCGCCAGCUCUAACCUCAUUAUGUCGUCCUAUCCGUCGGUAUUAGACGACUCCGACUGCUGGACACCGGAAGACGACGAGGUGUCCAAACAAUACAGGCUUCGCAUGCGUUCGUACGAUAAGGACACGAUCUCGCAGUUGUCUCAGGACUCGGGCACGAGUGGAGACAACGGACACCCAGUCUUCGUGGCUGCCGGCGAUAUCAGGCGACGGCUCAGCGAAACGAUAAACGCCCCGAAGACGGGUUUCGCGCGAUGUCCUGAAGACCCUUCAGCCGCCGCACUGAAGGAGCCCUGGGAUGAAAAGGUGGCCCGAAUUCGCGAGUCGUCGCCCUUCGGACACCUCUCCAACUGGAAACUGUUGGCCGCUAUCGUCAAGUGCGGCGACGACUUGCGUCAGGAGCUG